AUUUUUAGAAUUUUAAAAAUCGAAAAUAAAAAACAUACUCAUAAUGGAAGAUCAAUUUAAGGACGAUAUUUUACGACCAAUAGAAAAUGAUAAAGUCUUGGAAUUGAGAGAUUUAUAUCUAAUAGAUUGGCCUAAAUAUUGUUCGGCUUAUUACCACAUUGAGAUGGCUCAUACUUGGAUGACAAAGUACAAUGCAAAUACCAAAUUUUAUAGUGUGGAAGGAAAUUUUGACGAUGCAACUCUGAUUUUUAUUACAAGAGAGCCGGGCUGGAAUGCAACUAUAGUGUACUACUACACUUUAGACGAAACAAACGCACGUCUCUACAAAGGAUUAAGUAAAACAAAACGUAUUAAUUGGAAUGAAGAAAUUUGUACACUUAAACAUUACAGACAUCAAUUGUCGGUGGCAUUUGAUCUCGCAAAAGAACUUAAACUACAUUUUCAUUAUUUAGAUACGACAGCACUUUGGUGGCUUCCUAAAGAAAAAGCUUUAGAGUUUGAAAUUAAAAUCCCAGAUAAUACAUUUAUCAGUCCAUUAUCAGUAGAACAUGCGAAAAAAAUUCACGGUGUAUGGCCUUUUAAAGCCCAUCGCCCAAUCGAAUAUAUUGAAAAUAUGAUAAAAUAUAAUAAUGGAGUUGGAAUAUUUGAUCAAAAUGAUAAGACAUUAAUGGCAUGGAUUUUACUAAACGAUUAUGGAUCACUUGCAAUACUUCAAACUGAUGAAAAUUAUAAGCGUAGAGGCUACGCAAAGAUAGUUACAAAAGCUUUAUGUAAAAAGUUUGCUGAAAACAAUAUGGAUAGUUUAAGUUUUAUUACAUUAGGUAAUACGCCUUCGGAGACAUUGUUUGAAGGUUUAGGAUUCAAAAUUGUUGAUUAUUUAUGUUGGGUUGGAAUGAAACCUAGUAAAAAUAAACUAUAAUUUUAAAAAAAAUUGUAA